UUCGCACAAAUAGUUUGCUGGUCAUUAAGCGUUUUGGAAACGCUUUAAAAAAGAACCGUAAAUAACUGAAAACCAAAUAAGUACAAUUUGUUUUGUUUUGCUUUGCUAGCAGGCAAGCGAUUUUUAUAAUGGCUGCUUAUGCGCAGUACAAUGGCUGCGGUUAUCCGUCGGCGAAUCAAUAUCUCACAGCCGGUGGUGCGCUUUCAACACUCCACCCCAUAUCACAAUCACCGCUUGCCGCUUCAACUCCUGUUCACCCGACAGCCUCUAUUAGUCCACCAUCAAACGGUCAUGAUAGCAAUGUCAGUACCGCUGCUGUUGGUGCUGGAGCUGGCGGUGCCGAACAUAACAGUGGUGGAACACUGACGCCCGAUCCUGCCUCACAACCAUCAAUUACCGGCACACCCAGUGCAGCUGGCAGCAGUGGCAGCGCGAGUGGCAGUAUAGAUAGUAGUUCUAUUGAACCAUAUGCGUCCUGCCCCACCGCUGAUCCAAUGUCUUUGGGUAUAGCACCGCCAAGUACACAACAUCCGCUUUCCUCCUCCGCCGUUUGCUGUGAUAAUGGACGCCCGAUGAUGACCGACCCGAUGACGGGUCAAACAGUUUGUUCAUGUCAAUAUGAUCCAACCCGUUUGGCGUUGAGUAGUUAUGCUCGCAUGCAAUCAGCAGCGGCGGUAGCAGCUUCGGCAGGUGUACAAGCGCCCCCAGUGGGUGUGUAUGGUACACCGUAUCCAUCGAAUGAGCAGAAUCCGUAUCCCAGUAUUAGUGUGGACAGUGGACCGUUCUACUCGAGUUUGAGUACGCCUUAUACUUUAAAGGAUGGCACUUGCAACGGCAGUGAGGUGACAACAUGGACGUCAACGGGCUUGCCACCUUCCACCGGCUACUACACCUACGAUCCAACAUUCGGUGCGUAUGGUUAUGGCGCCAGUUAUGAUUUAGCAUCGCGUCGGAAGAAUGCAACGCGUGAAUCCACCGCCACGUUAAAGGCCUGGCUCAGCGAGCACAAGAAGAACCCGUAUCCAACCAAAGGCGAGAAGAUCAUGCUGGCCAUUAUCACCAAAAUGACGUUAACGCAGGUGUCUACGUGGUUUGCGAAUGCGCGCCGCCGUCUCAAGAAGGACAACAAAAUGACUUGGGAACCAAAGAAUCGCACCGAAGAUGAAGACGAGGAUGCGUUAGCAUCGGACGAUGAGAAACCACGUCAUAGUGAGGAUAUCAGUAUGAAUAGCGUAGGCUGUGCGGAGCGUAGACGACCCCUUGGCAUGGAGUACCCAGUCGGCGCCAUAAACGUUUCGCUGGCUAACAAUGUAACAGCGUCUGGCAAUGGAACGGCGGGCACGACGAAUGCCGCAACGACGGGAGCAGGUGUCAUGGAUGGUAGCGUGAGUGGCGUGGGCGCAACAAUUGCAGCUGCGGCGGCGGCGGCGACGGCGGUGUCUUCUUCGGCGUCUACCGCAACAAGCCAUCAUCCGCAUGUUGUCGGCGGCGCGAGUGUGGGUGCCGUUGGUGCAGUACAGCCUGGAAAAGAAGUUUUAGAUAUAGUCCAACUGAGCAGAGUACACUCACCACUACUGUCAGCAGAGCAGCGAUCCUCAACAGCCAUCUAUCAGUCUUAUGAAAACCCGAAAUAUACAACAAUGACCAAUCCAUACAUCACAAACGGCUACAGCUAUGUCAAGGAAGAGCUGCUCUACAACUCCAAUGGUAGACCACGUUUUUGGAGCUUAACCGGCGCCGGAGCCGAGGAAAAGUCCAUACUACAACUUGGCAACGGUAGCGAUAUCAACACCAUGUCACGUGAAUGGCCUACGAAUUAUACAUCACCAACUUAUGCGCCCGCAACGCCGACGACAAUGAAGCAAACCUCGGUGGUGGCCACGAUUUCAAUGCAACCAACUUCACCGCACGCGCAAGUUAAUGGCCAACAGCGUUACGGCGGCGGUGGAGGUGGCGGACAACUGACUGUGACGCCGCCGCAAACGCCACCGAAUCAACUGCACACUUUCGCUGGCGCUUUCCCACAUGGCAGCAGCAGCGGCAGCCUGCACACGGCCAAUCGAGAUGUGAGCGCCUAUAAUAUUGGACGUAGUGAGGAGCUGCGCAGUGGCUGUGCGUCUACAGCUGAGCUCUAUUGUAAGGGUCAGGAUUGUGCGUGAUUUUGUGCUGAAAGUAGGGGAUAGGAGUUUAAGGACCUCCAGUUAAUGGAUCUCUAUCAACAUUCUCAACAGUAUUCCCGCAAUCUCUUCUA